AUGCGACUCUUGGAUACCAACACCGCCGGAUUCAGAGACAUUGACGACCCAAACGAUGCACGUUACGCCAUACUUUCGCAUGUCUGGGACCAUACCGACGGCGAGCAGUCUCUGCAGGUGAACCCUCGAGCCAUUUCUCUCGACCUCGACGAAGCCUGCCCCGCAUCUCUUACGGUUCUCUCUGCGAAGAACCGCGAGUGCUGCGUAUUCGCCCGAAUGAACGGCUACCGCUACGUUUGGAUCGACACCUGCUGCAUUGACCGCCUCAGCAGUGCCGAGCUCUCUGAAGCGAUCAACUCAAUGUACGAAUGGUACUCCAGGGCGACGGUUUGCUACGCCUUUCUUGCUGACGUGGACGACCUGGAGGAUCCGCGCUCGCCUACCUCCCUCUUCCGCCGCAGCAAGUGGUUCACUCGAGGGUGGACGCUCCAGGAACUUAUCGCCCCGGCCGAGGUCUUCUUCCUGUCUCGCGACUGGCGUAUCAUCGGGACGAGAGAGACACUUGCGAACGUCAUCGAGGAGAUCACCGGCAUCGAUGCAGACAUCCUUACCCAUCGCCGCACACUGGACUCCGUCAGCAUCGCUCGCCGGAUGUCGUGGGCGUCGAAGCGGCGCACCUCCCGAGUGGAAGACGAGGCGUACUCGCUCAUGGGAAUAUUUGGGGUGCACAUGCCCACCAUCUACGGAGAGGGUCGCAACGCGUUCUUCCGCCUCCAAAGGGAGAUUAUCGAGCACUGCGCGGAUCAGAGCAUCUUCGCCUGGGGACAUAUAUUCCCCGACUCUACGGAGUCCACGUCUACUUUCCAGUCCUCGUCAACCACGACAACGGUGCAUCGUGCACCCUCGCGGUUCUUGCAUGUCAAGAUUCGUCCGGCCACCUCGUUACACUCAUGA